AUGACUCGCUGUUUUUCCCAAAGAUUUUUCUCUUUCAUCAUAAUUCUUCUUGUACCAUUGUCUCUUGUCUUUCGGUAUGUGGACUUCAUACCUCUUGACUACCAAGCUGCGAUCCUGCACGACAGUCCACCCAAGGACGAACUGACUACACCACAGCACUGUCCGCGUCGAUCCUCUCUCUCUGCAAGCGCCGACGCACCCUUUACUCAAGUACAGACAUCCAGGGAUCGACUGGACCUCGGACAUCCCUGUUUCCAUUCGGCCUACCUCCAAGCUGUCGCCUUGAAACCUGACAACGCUCCUUCAAGACUACACGACCGAACUACUACAAACGAUUAUCUCAAGAUGGCAACUGACGAGUGGGAACAGAACACUCUCAUAAAUGUGGCAAUGCCACUCACAAACCUCCCUCCGUACAACGAGCAGAACACCAAGAACUGGUUUUUACAGCUGGAAGCCAUUUUCUCGGUACGGAGAAUAACAUCACAACAAGCAAAAUUCGCCAACGUGGUACAAGUUUUGCCACCUUCAGUUGUCGACGAAGUAGCCGACAUCUUGGAACACGUACCCGAGCAGGAGCCAUAUACUCGCCUCAAGGAUGCUAUUCUGAAACGAACCGGCCGUUCGGACGAGGAACUGCUCCGGGAACUUUUUACCCACGUCACCAGGGGCGACAGAACACCCUCACAGCUUCUACGCUUCAUGAGGAGCCGACUGGGGAAACAUUCCAUGGCCGAAUCAAUCUUGCGCGAACUGUGGAUGGACAAGUUACCCACUACCAUAACGCAGAUAUUGGCACCAAUCGCUGAUAACACUCCACUGGACCAGUUAGCAAACUCCGCUGACCGCAUCGCAACUAAACUGGACCAAGGAGUGUGUGCCGUGCAGCGCCCAGACGACACAUCAGCCAAAGAAACGGACCUGGAAAAGGCAGUAGCUGACCUGCAGCAUCAGCUGCAGGAUAUACGAAUGCUCCUUUCCCGCACAUCGAGAGGCCCGAUGCCGGCGACCGGCGGUUGGCGACGGAGAGCACGGAGUACCAGCAGGGGUCGACGAGUCGACCCGGAAUUAUGCUGGUACCAUCACAGAUUCGGCACCAGGGCAAAGAAUUGCUCGGCACCCUGCAAAUACAGCUCCAAAACCAAGUCGGAAAACUAA